UGGGUUAGCUUGAUCAAUGUAUAUAAGACCGUGAGAAAAAAUAGGAAUGGUGAACGAGAAUCACCCCCAGAAAAGUGGGAAUAAUCCCAAUCCAUAAUCCAUAUGGGAUCCUAGCGCAAGCAUACAUUCAUCUAAAAAAGAAGAGGUUUAAAUAGGGAGGGUAAGGGAUCAUUAAUCCCCCUUUUCUCUCUUCCAUUGUUGGGCAAAUGCCCUUAAACUCUUCCCGUUGACUGAAAAGAUGGAAAAGGGUAUCUCAUCAUUUUCGGAUUGAUGGCUACCCUUACGGUUCUGUUAUUCCUCGUGGUUUUUGUCAUCCAUGCCAAUGCACAACAAUCAUCUUUAGUUCUUCCGGCGACAUCUUCCUCCUUUGAACCAUUCAUCCCUAAAGACAACUUCCUCCUCGACUGCGGCUCCAACACCUCCACCACCGUCCCCGGAAACAGAACCUUCCAGCCUGACAACUCCACAACUGAAUACCUCUCUUAUGACGGUGCCGACAUUCAGGUCUCCCUCAAAUCCGCUAAUGUCUCUCCGAUCUACCGCACCGCGAGGGUGUUCGCGAAGAAUGCCACGUACACUUUUCCCGUCUCCUCCUUGGGCUGGCAUUGGAUCCGCCUUCAUUUCCACGCCCUCAACACCACCUUGUACGACCUCAGGACCGCGAGGUUCUCGGUGGAGACGGACCGUGUAGUCCUCCUCCACCAAUUUGAGCUCCAAAAUAACACCAGCGUGAUCAUGAAGGAGUUUUUGGUCAAUGUGACCACGGAGGAGCGUUAUGCAUUGAGGUUCAAGCCUAAGGGGAAUGUGGCAUUCGUUAACGCCAUAGAGUUUGUUUCGGCGCCGGAGGGGCUGAUCGGGGAUUACGCCACCCUCCUAUCUCCUACUUCCCAGCGAUUUGAGCUUUUGAACAACAACCUUCAGGUUCUUUAUAGGCUCAACGUGGGGGGCCCACUUAUCGGAUCACAAAAUGACACGUUGGGAAGAAGGUGGGACCCGGACCAGGGUUACCUUGACCCGAAGGGAAUGGGUAAGGUUUUUUCUGUUUCAGCGGGGGCGGUCUCAUAUCCAAUAGGUGGCGGCCGCGGUGGAAACGGCAGCUCACCGUUGAUUGCUCCGCCCUUGGUUUAUUCGUCAGCAGCCGAGCUUGCCGACUCCAAAGUCGUGCAACCUAAUUUCAACAUUACCUGGAAACUCGACGUCAACGUCCAUUUUUCCUACCUGAUUCGCCUCCAUUUUUGCGACAUCGUUAGCAAGUCUCUGAAUGAACUGUACUUCAAUGUGUACAUUAAUGACGAUAUCGCUAUUUCCGGCCUCGAUCUGUCGACGUUGACGAGAAAGCUGGCGACGGCUUUCUACAAGGACAUCGUCGUGAAUUCCACGAACGUUUCGAGUCCCCUCCAAAUAAAAGUUUCUCCGGUAGAUGAAGCUCAGGGGAUAAGAAACGCCAUUCUCAACGGUCUCGAGGUGUUUAAGUUGAACAAUUCCGUCGGGAGCUUGGGCGGAGAAUACGGCGUUGACGGAGAGAUAGCAGUGGAGGACGGUAGCGUCAGCAGCCAUCAAACGGUGGCAACUGUCGGAUUCGCUAUGAUGUUCGGUGCGUUCCUAGGGUUAGGAGCAGUCGCUGUGAAAUGGCGAAAAAGGCCCCAGGAAUGGCGGGGGAAGAACAGCUUCUCUUUGUGGCUUCUUCCAGUCCAUACGGGAGACACAGCUUUCCCAAUCACCAAGACUCCUCCGGGAUCCAAGCAGCGCCAAUCGGCUGAGUUUGGCAGACACUUCUCUCUCGUUGAAUUGCAAGAAGCAACCAACAAUUGGGAGACCAGUAGAAUCAUAGGGAUUGGAGGAUUUGGCAGUGUAUAUCUAGGAGAAAUCAAUAAUAGAAUGAAAGUUGCUGUAAAACGGGGGAAUCCAGAGUCUCAACAAGGCAUCCAUGAAUUCCAUACUGAAAUCCAAAUGCUGUCUAAACUCAGACACAGGCAUCUGGUGUCUCUUAUUGGAUAUUGUGACGAAAACAAGGAGAUGAUUCUAGUUUAUGAGUAUAUGGCAAACGGACCAUUGCGAAACCACCUUUACGGGAAGGGACUCAUUCAGGCCCUUCCUUGGAAACAAAGGCUCGAGAUCUGUAUAGGGGCAGCCAGGGGACUCCAUUACCUCCACACGGGUGCAUCUCAGGUGAUCAUCCACCGGGAUGUCAAGAGCACAAAUAUCUUACUUGAUGAAAACUUUGUGGCAAAGAUGGCCGAUUUUGGCCUCUCCAAAAGCACAUCAUCUUCUGGGACCGACUCGGAUCAGACUCACAUCAGUACAGCCGUUAAGGGUAGUUUUGGUUACCUUGACCCAGAGUACUUUCGGAAACAACAGCUCACAGAGAAGUCGGACGUGUACUCCUUCGGAGUGGUUCUUCUAGAAGCAUUGUGCGCACGGCCUGCCAUUGACCCACAGAUGCCGAUGGACCAGAUGAACUUGGCUGAGUGGGCCAUGAAUAGGAAGAGAAAGGGGAUGUUGGAGAGGAUCAUUGAUCCGAGCCUUGUUGGUCAAAUCAACCUGGAGUCGAUAAAGAAAUUUGCGGGAGCAGCUGAGAAAUGCUUGGCUGAGUAUGGUGCUGAUAGGCCUAGUAUGGGAGAUGUGCUGUGGAAUCUGGAAUAUGCAUUGCAGCUUCAAGAGGCUUCUUCAUCGCAAGGAAGGGCAGAGGAUGAAAACAAGUCGUUUGCAGCUCCAAAUUCCCCUGCCGUGCUUUCUCCAGCUAACUGUGAUGCCCGCUCUGAGUAUGAUUUAGAUAGCUAAAAACAGUUAGGCUAUGUAGUAGUUUCAAGCCAGCAGAUGAUUCUUUGUAUAUAUUAGAAGUUAGAACUGAUCCCCAACUGUCUGACCAUUAGUUACUUCGUUAGUUUUAUAGUGCAACGUCUUUGACCUUAUUUUAUUAUGAGCUAACCCUUUGGUAAGAUAUUUUUUUGUAUGUUUUUUCUUUAUUGGUUUUGUUUCCUUUUCUGAAAACAAAAUCCCCGAAAUGUGUUAUUAUAAUGAUACAUAUUCAUAGUAAC